UGGAUGAAAGUUUUAGGGGCCCUUGUUUUUAGCCCGAAGCGAUGGCUUUCUAAGCUUCUGGCCAGAGCCGGCCCUGGAUGUUCUGCACAUGUUUGUUAUGCUGCAGCAAAUGAGGCUGCAGAAAUUAAAUGUUGUUUUGUUCUAAUGUUGAGGCUUUCUACAGGGAGCUCAGUCUAAUCGGUACAUCUUGGGUGCAGAAGUUUUAGUUGCACAAAAUGGACGAGGUGGCAGAUGAAUAUUUUAAAGAAGUUUCGCGUUUCACCUUUGGUGAUGACCGGCGCAACUUUAUGAAGCUAAUGAAAGGGACAUCUCAAUAUCUCAUGCCUGAGGUUAUGGUCUCUAUUUGCGGUUAUAACGCAGUAAAGUGUGCCAGUGCUUUGCUUAAAGGAGAGACUGGUCUAAUCGUGGAUCUUAAUGUUCCCUUAAAAGAGGGGCGAUAUCCAUUGCAUUUGAUGGCAGAAUGUAUGUCCUACCGUAUGAUCAAUUUGUUUCUUCGUCAUGGAGCUCAAGCUGACGUCAAGACCAAAGAUAGUGACACUUUAAAGGGUGGCUUUUUGCCUCUCAACGUUUCACUCGAAAUGCUGGGAUAUCAUGAAUACCUGGUGGAUUGGACUCCAAAAGAUUCUAUCUUCAAGUUAAUUAUGUUACUUUGCUUGCCAAAAAUGAAAAUACCACUUGAAGUUAAUAAGUUGCUUGCACGGAAGACAAAGCGGGUUGAUGACGUAUUUUACUAUUAUGCCUUGGAGGGAAAACUGAUUGAGAUGACAGCUCUGCUGAUGGUGGCCAGGAAAAGGGUAAUGGCUGGUUUUGAAGGAAGCAUGGAUAUCCGCCAACACCUAUUUGAUGAGAUGACAUGGAUAACUCAUGAUGAGACCAGAUUAAUGGGACAUGGUAACGGUGGUAAGUCAGUUCGUGGUUUUAAGGAUAAGAAGGAGGUGAUAAUGUCUGCAUUUGUGUUGCUCGAAGUAUUUGAGAAAGCUGGUGAUCGUAUUGAAGCAUAUGUGCGGUCUGUACAAAGUAAAAUGACUGAACAAGAGGUGAUCAAGGACAUUAUGUGUCUACUCAAUGAAGCGGGGAUUAUUGUGAAGGACAAUGACAUUGAUUUGAGCAACAUAGACUGGUUUUGGAACCUAUUCACUUAUUUCAUCUCCUCAAUUUUAAUUUCACUAUUUCAUUUCUUAUUUGAUUUGAUUGUGAGCUUGAUUUUUCUAAUGCAUGUGUAUUUUCUGUGCCCUGCUGCUCUUUAUAGUGAAACUGACAAAAUCAAGCUGGAAACACAAGAACUAGAAAAUAAAAGGCGUCAAUUACAUGAUCUUGGCAUGCCGGUCCAAUCACUAUCAGGCAGUUUCUGUGCCAAAAAGAAUCCAGUUACUACCUACAAGAAUGAGCACGCACAGUCAACAUUGAGAUUCUUCAAACCUGGGUCCCCACUUUUACAGCCCGGCGUGCGGUAUUAUUUUUCAGUGCUCGGCAUUUUUGACCUUGAGGAGAAGAAGACCACAACAAAAAAUUCCAUCCCUUAUCUUCUAUCAAUGAAGACAUAUUCACGGUUUGCAUUAUUGAUCAAGAAAGGGAUAAGGCGCAUUUGAUUUGCUGGAAGCCAGAAACAUCAUAUCUUAAGACGAGGAGAGUCCACGCCUUGGAGAAUUCAAAUCACAUCAUCACAAUCUCCAUGCCUUGGAGAAUUUGAAUCGCAUCAUCACAAUCUCCUUCAAUAACUACUUUUUCUAUCCCCUCUCGCAAGCAAUCAUCAAUCCCACAAAGAGUUGCGACUAACCCGGCCUCAAAAGUUGACCUAACAAAAGGAAGUUGUCCAUGGCACACACUCUUAAUAGAUCUAGACGAGUUCCUAAUUAAAGAUGCAUGCGCUGCUCCGUAAACAAUUCCUUUUUCCCCCUCAAUAUAUGAGGCAUCGAAAUUCAAUUUAUCCCAAUCAGGUGGAGGUUUCUCCCAAUUACUUAAAAUCAAAACCUUGUGGCGGAGCAAUGUUCAUGGGGCCUUUCCAAAAAUAAGGAUCUCACAUUUCUCUAUUAACUGCUGAAUGUCUUUUUUAUACACAUCUGACGUUCUCAAAAUCCAUGACAUGAAGUCUUCUACAGACAAUAACUUGGGUUUUGGGUGUUUAGCUAAGAUCAAUUCCUUGUAGUCUUCAAUACUACCCUCCGUGAAAAUUCCUUUCUCAAUCAAAUCAUGCACAAAACACUCUUCAAAGAUUGCACGAAGUAGGUCAAAUUUGUCCGAAAUACGCUUGUCAUGAGCAUCGCACUUUGCAAUCUUAGUGCACCGUGCUAGCAACGAACCAGCAAAGGUAGAGCUGAAUCUCAUUUGAUUCAAUUAAGUAUCAAAAUAUCUGCAGUCAACAAUUAAUUUGUGAUACUUUGAUACUUAAUUGACUAUAGAUUUACAUUAAAUUACAUUCAGCUCUACCUUUGCUGGUUCGUUGCUAGCACGGUGCACUAAGACUGGAAGGUGCGAUGCUCAUGACAAGCGUAUUUCGAGCAAGUUUGACCUACUUCGUGCGAUCUUUGAAGAGUGUUUUCUGCACGAUUUGAUUGAGAAGGGAAUUUUCAAGGAGGGUAGUAUUGAAGACUACAAGGGAUUGAUCUUAGCAAAAAACCCAAGUUAAUGUCUGUAGAAGACUUCAUGGAUCUUGAGAACGCCAGAUGUGUAUAAAAAAGACAUUCAACAGUUAAUAGAGAAAUGUGAGAUUCUUAUUUUUGGGAAGGCUCCAAGAACAUUGCUCCACCACAAGGUUUUGAUUUUAAGUAAUUGGGAGAAACCUCCACCUGAUUGGGAUAAAUUGAAUUUCAAUGCCUCAUAUACUGGGGGAAAAAAGAAUUGUUUACGGAGCAGCACAUGCGUCUUUAAUUAGGAGCUCGUCUGGAUCUAUUAAGAGUGUGUGACAUGGACAACUUCUUUUCGUUAGGUCAACUUUUGAGGUUGAGUUAGUCUUAGCUCUUUGUGGGAUUGAUGAUUGCUUGCGAGAGGUGAUAGAAAAAGUAGUUAUUGAAGGAGAUUGUGAUGAUGUGAUUCGAAUUCUACAAGGCGUGGACUCUCCUCGUCUGCAAUAUCGUGACAUAUUCAAGUAAAGCCUUUCGUUUCUUGUUAUUAUGUUCAAUUAGAGUUAUUUAUACAUUCUUUUUUGCGGCGUUAUAUUUGAGAAAUUGGGGAUGUUCAAGGAUUACAGAGUUGUACACAUAUACAGAGAACGCAAUAGUGCGGCUGAUGGAUUGGCCUUUGCUACCGCCCAAAAAUACAAUUCGCUACUUGUGUUAAACGUGAUUUAGAUGAUACGCGUUUGCUAUUUCGCAUUAACCAAGAUGAAAAAAAGUGUCACCUGUAGUAGAAAGCUGCAAAAGAAGCCUGUGCGUAUAUUGCUGAUGAUGAGGACAUAGACUAAUUGAUGCGCGUGUCUGCUUCUUGGUGGUGGUUCUUCUCAGAUUUUUGGGGGUUGUAAUUGGCGUUUUCCGGGUUCCGACAAACAAUUUUGGCUUGUAAACAUUCCACACUAUAUGUAUUUUUCAUUUGGGUA